AAAGAAAUCUCUCUCUCUCUCUCUCUCUCUCUCUUGUGGGUGUGCCAAAAGUUUAUUUCUUUUUCUUGUUCAUCUUUUAGAUCGAGAGAACAGAAGGGUUUCUUAUAAACACCAGAUGGUUCCUGUUCCUGUUUUCUGGUAAUUUGAAUAAGGAAAAGAGUCCCUUUUUCAUAAAAACUGAGGAGCGUUCUCCCAUUUCGAUCCUCUGGGGAUUGAGUUUUUUUUGUUAGAGAGAGAAGGAAGAUGAUGCUGCAAAGGGCAGCGAGCAAUGCGUAUUCGUGGUGGUGGGCGAGUCAUAUCAGAACCAAGCAGUCUAAAUGGCUCGACCAGAACCUUCACGAUAUAGAAGAGAAGGUGCAAUAUGUGCUGAAGCUCCUUGAAGAAGAUGGCGACUCCUUUGCAAAACGUGCGGAGAUGUAUUACAAGAAGAGGCCAGAGCUCAUAACCUUCGUGGAAGAAUCAUACAGAGCUUACAGGGCCUUGGCCGAGAGGUAUGAUCACAUUUCUACCGAGCUUCAGAACGCCAAUACCACCAUUGCUUCUGUCUUUCCCGACCAAGUCCCUCAGUUCGCCAUGGAUGACGACGACGACGGUGAAUCCAUGAAAAGAUUCAUCAAGAAGACCCCUUCCGCUUUCAACGUCCCGAACGUUCCUAAAUUUCCCGUGAAAGAUUUCAAGGGGGCGGUCAAUGCAGCGACUAAGAAGCUUCAGCCAAGAAAAUCCAUGAAGUAUCCGAGUUCUGCAACUGUUGUUGCUAAGAGCUCGGGUUUGAGCAAACCCGAGGCGAUGGGGGAGAUUGAUAAACUGCAGAAAGAGAUCUUGACGUUACAGACCGAGAAGGAGUUUGUGAAGAGCUCGUACGAGCGAGGUCUGGCUAAGUACUGGGAGAUCGAGAAGAGUAUAGCCGAGAAACAAGAGAGGAUCUGCCAUCUGCAGGAUGAGUUUGGGGAGAGUAUAGCUAUCGAGGACGAUGAGGCGAGGAAGCUGAUGGCUGAGGCGGCGAUAAAGUCGUGCCAGGAGAAGCUGAUCGAGUUGCAAGAGAAGCAGGAGAGGUCGCUUGUUGAGGCUAAAGAAGAGCACAGAAGGAUCAGGGAGUCGAAGGAGAGGCUGAAAUCAAUGGCGGGUGAGUUGCUCGGGGAGAAAAGUUUAUUCGGAAAGGAAGAUAUCGAUUCUGAUAACAAUGAGGAAGAGCUGGAAAGGGAGAUGGAGGAGAUCAUGCAGAAGAAAAAGGAGUUGGAUUCCAUAAGGGAGAAGAUUCAUGAACAUCUCGAAGUUGGCGAGAAUUCAUCUCUCACUGUGACAGAAAUGGCUGAGAAGAUCGACGAGCUCGUGAACAAGGUGAUUAGCCUGGAAGGUGCGGUGUCUUCACAAACUGCUUUGAUACAGAGAUUAAGGACCGAGACAAAUGACCUUCAGGGUCAGAUUCAGACACUCGAAGACGAUAAGGCGAUGUUGUCAGACGACAAGAACGAGCUGAGAAACAAGCUGAAGGAGAUGGAGGAGAAACUGAAAGUGUUGCAGAAUUUGGACAGAAAUGUCUUGGACCAGACUGGUAAUCUGAAAACACAUUUUGACGAAGCCUGCGAUAAUCUCGGCGACCUCUCCGGGAAAUUGCAGGUGGUGAAGCCAGAUGAAGGAACUGAAGAUUCAGCAGUGAGUGCCGAUUCAGAGAAAGAAGUAACUGUAAUUACACAUGAACAGAAAGAUGAAGAACAGGAGGAAAAACCUGAGAAGAGUAAAGACGAGAUGACUUCCUCUAAAGUUGAGGUAGAAGACAUAAGCCAGUCAUGUCCAAGCAGUAGUUCAGAGAAGCAGGCUUUGUCUGAGACGACAGACUCGGAUUCAGGCAAUGUCGUAGCAAUGCAGAGUUUGCCUGAAGAAGUUAACAUGGCUUCGGAGAAAGAGGCUGAACCAGAUUGGAAACAGUUGUUCAUGGAGGGGAUGGAAAACAGAGAAAAGCACUUGCUGACAGAAUACACCACAGUUCUUCGAAGCUUCAAGGAUAUGAAGAAGAAAUCGUCCGAAACUGAAUCGAAACUGAAGAAUGAAAAUGCAUCAAAGGACGACGAGAUCCGACUGCUAAGGGAGAAACUGAAUCUCCUGCAAAAGGGUCUCGGAGAAACCAACGGCUCAAUGGAUUUCAGAGCUUCAGACACUCACCAGAGCGACAUGAGUUCCUUCGGGUUCAUGGUUUCGGAACAGAACGCAAACAUGUCCCCGGUCGAAGAACAGUUCAGGAUGAACAUCGACGAACUUCUAGAGGAGAAUCUUGAUUUCUGGUUAAGAUUCAGCGCGGCAUUUGGACAGAUACAGGGCUUCGACAAUUCGAUAGAAGACCUGCAAGCCGAGGUAGCGAAGCUCGAGCAGAGGAGGAAGCAAGACGGAAGCAGCACGGCCAAGUACGCAAUGAGAUCAGACGUCCGUCCAAUAUACGUACACCUGAGGGAGAUAAACACAGACCUGACACUCUGGCUGGAGAAAGGCGCGGCCUUGAAGGACGAACUGAAAUCGAGGUUCGAGUCAUUGUGCAACAUUCAGGACGAGAUAACGAAAGCACUGAAGGCAAGUGCCGAAGACGAUGACUUCAGGUUCACGAGCUACCAAGCUGCGAAGUUUCAAGGCGAGGUCUUGAACAUGAAGCAGGAGAACAACAAAGUUGCAGACGAGUUACAAGCUGGGUUAGAUCACAUUACGACGCUUCAGCUCGAGCUGGAGAAGACGAUAGCGAAACUGGGAGAGGAGUUUGCUCUGUCUGGUUCGAAGAACAGAUCUCAGCUCCAGCAUUCGGACAGCCGAUCGAGAGUUCCCUUGAGGUCUUUCAUCUUCGGUUCCAAACAGAAGAGGGGAAAGCCGUCGAUAUUCUCGUGCAUGCAUCCCUCUCUGUACAGGAAGAUCAAGGCUUCUUCGUAGGUAAUAUAUAUACUACAUACACAAUAUCAUUCAGUGGAAUUGGUUCAUAUACUGUAACUUAAUAUCAGAUUUCUUCUAUUAUUUGUUUUUUUUUUUCUUUUUUCUGUAUUUCCUCAGGAGAUGAUGAACCCUUCGUCUCUUCCCUCCUUUUUUUGGUUUGUUUAUGGGAUUGAACAAUAGUUUUUUCUUUUAAAUUCUAUGUUAUGUUUUGCUUUCUGGUAUUAUAGAUCGGUUGUUCAUA